UGCAUUCUUUACAUGGACAGCAUGGCUAUGAUAAAUGCCGAAAGAGUAAAACAUACCGCAUUUAAAUAUUGGUGGAUAAUACAUCCGUUCAGUUAUGGCAGAUUUUUGUGGGAUAUAUUUAUGACGAUAAUAUAUAUGAUUGCCUUCUUUACGAUCCCUUUUAUGAUUUGCUUUAUCACAAUGGACUACGAAUCGAUUAAUCUAGACAAAGUAAAUAUUCCAAUUUAUGUGAUCUGUUGGUUGGAUAUAAUGUUCAAUUGUAUUACGGGAUACUAUAAUAAGAAAAAUAUGUCUGUUGAGUUGGACCCUCUUAAAAUACUUAUAUCUUAUCUGAAAGGAUUUUUUGUGCCGGAUGUGCUGUCGUCUUUUCCGUAUGAUCAUGUGACACUACAGUGGCGACUACUUCCGGGAAAUAAUCCUCAUUACAUUAUUGUCUUGCUUAAUAUAAUGCCUCUCAUAAAGUUAACACGCUACUAUACCGUCCACUCAAAUAUUAAUUACUUAUUUACGCAUUUGAAAAUUGAAUACUUUUUUCUUGAAAUGUUUACCACGCUAUUGCUGGGAUUUUACCUAAUCUAUUGGUUUUCUUGCCUGUGUUACUUGAUACCAAUCUUAGUGAUAUACCUUGUCAAUAUUCCACCGAUAGAAUGCGAGGAGUGUUGGAUGAUGAGAUUGGAGGACAGCAGACUUAGAUACAGAUUACAAAACGCUGUAUUUAUAGUGCUGGAAAAUAUAUUGGGAAGUGGCUAUGGCCUAUACGUACCCGUGAAGGACAGUCAUAUUAUUUUUAAUAGCUUUCUUAUGAUUAUCGGCAGACUUAUUGUGUGCUAUAUGUUGGUUAUGUUCUUUCGUAUCAAGGCUGAAAAAAAAGCGUCCGAAUCGCAGUUUCAAGAGCUAAUAGAUCAAGUAAAGGCAUAUACGAGACAAAGGCAAUUAUUGCCACAAAUGAAGAAACGUCUCUUGGCUUAUUAUCAUUACCGUUUCAAAAAUACUUUCUUCCGCAGUAAACGGAUUUUAUCAGAAUUGACAGAACCGUUACGUGAAGAGAUUGCGCUUGAAUCCUGUCGACGAUUAAUCGAGAACAUGGCAAUUUUCAAGUAUUUGCCAAAAAACAUUUUGCAAUCAAUAGUGAAGACCUUGAAGUUUGAAUUAUAUCUGCCGAAUGAGGUAAUUAUUAAAGCUGGCACUCAAGGUGAUUGUAUGUACUUCUUAUCGUCCGGAACCGUCGCGGUUUUAACACCGACUGGGAAGGAAAUGUGUCAUUUGAGCGACGGUGCUUAUUUCGGCGAGAUCGCGCUCUUGGUGGCGGAUCAGCGAAGAGUUGCCAGCGUCAUCGCAAUCGAGGUCUGCGAAGUAUAUCGAUUCGAUCGUAAAGAUUUCCGUCAAUGCAUAGACGUGAAUAGCGAGCUCUUCGCGGAGAUCGAACGCAUCGCCACGGAACGCGUGGAGAAAACCGUCCGCGUCGAGGAACAGCACAAGCGUUUCUUAAGGCGUCCAAGUCGCAUACCGUUUGGUAUACGCAGGCCAACGAAAACCAGUCUUUGAAUAUAUAUCGAUUGUCUGUUUAAUCUUUUGCGUGAAUUUUCUUUUAUUUCCGAAGAAUUGAAAGAAGCAUUGCGAAUCAGUAAUUUUCCAUAAAGUAAUGUUACAUAAUUGUUUAUAAUUAAAAUAACGUAAUAUUAUAUUAAAAUAACGUUUUGAAAAAUAUGCCUUCAUCAAUUUAGUAAUUAUGAACAAAAGUUGGCCUCUCAUAAAGCGCUUGGUUUUUUGUUACCGCAAAAUAAUAAUCAUAUAUUUAAGGACCUUAUAUAUUAUUAUUGUCCAUACAAUAACCGUACAGUGUGGUGGUGAUGGUGUGGUAUUCUCAUAUAUUUAUAUAUAUCUACUUUUAUAUUUUAAAAUUAUAUAUAUAUAUAUAUAUAUUAUUAUUAAUUGUUAUAUAUACCUAUAUAUAAGGUACUUAUAAUUACAAUUACAUCUCCGCUAAAGACUUUACGGUAGCACUGUCGUGACGAGCUAUAUUUCUAUUGAUAUUAUGUAUGAGGGAUAUGAAUCAUGGUUCCUUUUCUCUCUUUCUCUAUCUUUCUUUUUUGGCAAGUUUCUUUUACAAGGAAGUCAGAGCUUCGUGUCGAGACCCGUAGUAUCGAUCGUGAUGAAACGUCGCCGAUUUAUCAGCGUCAAGAUAGGGGAAACGAAAGCUCUGUGACACGCUUCACGUGUUAAUACAAGGAAGACAGCGGAUCAUUAUUGAUAUAACCGACGUCGUUACGCGCGAGGUAAGUUCCAACGAGUCCGCGAGAUUCGCGAUCUCGAUUAAUCAGCUUUACGAUUUAAUUGCAACUGCGAGACGCACCUACGGACAUCGGUGGUUACUGUACAAGAUAUUGCCGACCUGUUCUGGGAUAUGUGUCUGGAAUAACGACAUGUGACGAUGUAAAUUAACGGUGAACGGUUAUAUGAAUAUCUACGUGACGAUUCGGUUCGGAGGCUGCGAUACCUCAAAGUCGCACGAUAAAUAAUCGGUCGACAUACGUGUCUGUAGAAUGUGCGAUUUUCAAUCUUUCAUUCCAUUCUCGUUUCUUUUUUUUUUUUCUCCGAAAAAAGUUGUUUCUCAGCCGCAACCAAUUUCGGAAUUCUCUCUGCAGAAACAGCUGAUCACACAACGUCGAUUGUCUACAUACUUACUAGAUCGUCAAUUAAUCGGGUCACUACUCUACGUAUGAUACUUGUCGCUAUAACGAUUUUAACAUGUCUUUUGAUAAUGUCUAGAGGAGCACGGAGGAGAAGAGUACUUAAUAUUUUCGUCGAUACUUUAUUUCUGUAUCCCGCGGUUGAAAUCCCGAGUGGCAUCGCGUUUUCCGGAUAAAUCUAUAAUCUAAUAAUUUAGAUAUAUACGAGAUGAUAUACAUGCGCCGCGCAUUUUGGAAAUAAAUAUGCGGGUACGCAAUACACAUGACGGUUAUUUACACUACAACGAGACGUCUUGUAUAUUCAGCACUCUUUCUCCAAUCCUUUCGAAGGUCAUCUAAUAAGGCACUGCGUUUUACUGCGACUGAAUCGGUUUAAGUACGAAACAAUCAAGAGAGUCGUCCCAGAGGCGCGCGACACGUCGAUUUCGCUUACAUUUACGGUGUGUGUGUGUGUGUGUAUAAAUGCAGUUUGGUACUUUUUGUCUCUUCCCGUUUUUCCAUUCUUUUAAUCGUCGAUUGGUAUCCCUAUGAUCUAUGGAAUACAUCAUGAAUAACGAUGUAUUUAGCGAAAUAGCAAAUGUAAUAUAUAAUUAAGAGUUAGAUUAAAAUGUUUCGUCAGGAACAAACAUUAAAUGCAAUAGAUUUACGCGCGAAAGCUACAACUGAUUGUUAGAUACGGUGAAAAAUCGACUGUACAUACAUACGUCUUACGAUAAGCGAAAGAUAUAACGCGACGCACAAUUCAAGAAUAUUGCAAGUCGGGCACAAAGUCACGCUGCUCGUGCGAAUAAAAUUACAUGUCUGUGUUAAGUAUUCAUAUUUAAGUAUUGUGCUUUUUUUGUAAAAUUUUCAAGAUGAAAUUUUAAUUUAAAUUUUAUUCAUUUUUCAAUUUUAAAUUUUAUUCAUUAUCUUAAUUGCGUUAGAGAUUACUAUCGAUUAUCUGCGAAAAGUGAAAAGUUCAUCUGAUCCGUUCUUCUCUUUUCCUGAAUAAAGAACGAUGUAAUUUAUUCGGCAGCGACGCGCGUUAUGGCAAUAUAUGUAUAAUUCGAGUAUGAGAAACAAUAACAAUAUCAUAGAAUAUAAAUGGCAUAUUGAGAAUAUAAUAAACUAUUUAUAUUGUACAACGUAA